UUACUAUUUAACGUCCAUUGUAUUUCGUACUGGUGGAUGAGUGGGAGCAUGAUUUUGAAGAUAAGCUCAGUAUUACUUUCGGUGCUCUCAUUGGCUAUUGCAGCAACACACGAUGUAGUACCGAUUCCCAGGAAAAAUGUGCCCGAUAGACAUGUCCUGAGCAAAAUUGUCAACGGCAGACAGGCAGAGCCCAAUCAGUUCCCGUGGCAAGUAUCGAUCCGGGCCACGCUCGGGAAUUCGGUAACCGUAUGUGGUGGAUCACUCAUUGCUCCCGAAUGGAUCCUAACGGCUGCCCAUUGCGCCAAGGAUUACACCGGAUUCCAGAUCGGGUUUGGCUCGAUCCAUCUGAACGUACCGCGGCUUACGAUGUCCACAGUGACUAAGGUGGUUCAUCCAAACUUUGAUCCCGUUCGAUUGAACAAUGAUGUGGCGGUUAUAAAGCUGCCUUCGCGUGUUUCGUUUAGCAACGAAAUAUCGGCCGUUCGACUGCCGCCUCUAUCGUACAGCAGGAGAACCUUCCAAUACACCUUGGCAUUGGUUUCGGGAUUCGGAAGAACUUCGGAUGCUAGUCAAUCAAUCUCCAGCACCUUGAAGUACGAGAAUCUUAAAAUCAUUUCCAAUGCUGAGUGUAGCACCGUCUAUGGAUCUUCGGUGAUUCUCAACUCAACAAUGUGCGCCAUCGGAUACGAGCGAAACAAUCAGAACGUAUGCCAGGGAGAUUCCGGUGGUCCCAUGGUAGUCAAGGACAACGACAGCUACGUACAGAUCGGAAUUGUGUCGUUCGUUUCGAACCGCGGUUGCAGCACCGGAGACCCAUCCGGCUACAUACGAACAGCAUCGUUUUUGCCUUGGAUUGCCGAACAAACAGGAAUCAGAAUCGAACCGUGAAAUAGUUAAGAAGGCUAGGUGGAACGUUUAGUUUUACAUAUCUUGGAAUAAAUUACUUUUUCUUGUA